UUGAAAAUCGAAGGGACCCUCCUCAGUUCAGAUGGAUCUCUUCAGUCGAUACUCACCAUGAAGGGUCUCCUGGAUUUGGAUGCCCAAAACUCCGUGUCUGGUGGCAAGCUGGUCACUGCUGCGUCCCUCUCUAGGCUGGAGCUGCUGCUGGAAUCGUCCCAAGCUGGCAUCUCUGAUGUCUCCACUCUAGUGCCCCACUGCAGAAGCCUCCUGAACGAAACGUUCAUGCCUGUGAUCAAUGCACACCUGCAUGUUGGGUUCCCGUUGCCUUCCAUCUUAAACAUGAAAUAUGAUAACUCUUCUAUCCAGGCUAUUCAAGGCGCUGUUGUGUUGUGCAUCUGAGCAAAAGGAUCCAUUACACAAGGAAGUUUGUGAAGUCAGUCCAGCAUGGAGGAAUUUCUCCCCAGUGCUCAUAGCAGACGUCCCACUGCACCUCCUCAUACUUCUUAUCUAUUUAUUUAUGUUGUUUAUAGUGUGUCUCACCGAAACUCAAGGUGGAUUGCACAGUGUACAUCUAUACCACGGAUACAAAAAAGAAACACUUUCAAAACUAGCCCUUUGCCUGUGGAAAAACGGAAACUGAAAAGAUCUUUAUCCCCCCCUCACCCCCCAUGGCCAUUAAAGGUCUCAU